AUGGCGCAACACUCCAACAUCGCCCGGUCAGCUAUCCUGACGUCGGCCAGCCAGCCUGAGCAUCAGGAGCAGAGAAAUAAUAUCAACGAGGGCUCAAAUUCGGGAAAAGAAGGAGCUCUUAUGCCUCCGAAGACUGUGGUCAACCGAGCGCUAGGUAAUGACUUGCAUUCCGAUUCCCACAAAUCCUCGCAGCCGCCCAAGGGCGGAGUCGGAACUGCCCUGACAGACACUCCGGUUUCUACCGCACCCCCGUCUCCACAGAUCUUGGGCCAGAAACACCCCGCUGGUACUCCCAACCGAGUGCGAGCUACUACCCUCGACAUUCCCGGCCUGACCAAGUCCAAGGUCUCUCCAGAUGGCCGAAUUGCCCAGCGUGAUGUCGGUGCGAAGCUUGUCAUUGUCAUGGUCGGUCUUCCGGCUCGUGGCAAGAGUUACAUCACAAAGAAGCUGGCUCGUUACAUGAACUGGCUCCAACACGAUACCGAGAUCUUCAACGUUGGACAGCGUCGUCGUGUGGCUGCUGGCAAGUCCCCUUCACCCAUCCCACACGAACGAAAGCCAAGUGCCGUUCACAAGGAUCUCGUGGACUCGGUGCGUCGUUUGAGUGUUAGCGUUGGCACCAACCAGAACCCGAACGAAACCUCCCCACCGGAGAACGCACCGGAGAACGAAGCACUGCUUCCUCCCCCCGUCGUGCCGGCCAAGAUUCUGGUCAACGGCGAGGAACCGGAGCAAAUAUCCCAGAAUGGCAGCACCGUCAUUCCCUCCACCGACGGCGGCCCUGUGCUGUCCCAGGAAGAUGAAGAAGCUAUCAAAGAGGCUUCACCCGAGCCCAUGGAUCAAACUGCCAACUUCUUCGACCCUCAGAACCAGCGUGCCGUCAAGAUGAGAGAACAGGUUGCCCUGGACACCCUGGAUGAGCUGCUUGAUUACAUCCUCGACGAAGGUGGUAGCAUUGGUAUCCUCGAUGCAACAAACAGCACCAUGGAACGCCGCAAGGCUAUCGUCGAUCACAUUCGCGAGCGCGCCGGCUCCGAGCUGAACAUCCUGUUCCUCGAAAGCUCGUGUGUUGACCAGGAUCUGCUCGAGGCCAACAUGCGCCUGAAGCUGUCCGGUCCCGACUACAAGGGGCAGGAUCCUACCACCGCGCUGGUUGAUUUCAAGAAGCGUGUUGCUCUCUACGAGAAGUCCUACGUACCGCUCGGCGAAUAUGAGGAGAGAAAUCGCAUGGCAUACAUUCAAAUGAUUGAUGUCGGUCGCAAGGUCGUUGCCCACCAGACCCAUGGUUUCCUUUCCUCGCAGGUUGUCUACUACCUGCUCAACUUCAAUCUCUCCCCUCGCCAGAUCUGGAUCACCCGACAUGGCGAAAGUAAUGAUGAUGCCGCAGGCCGCAUCGGCGGUGACUCUGAUCUCAGCCCGAACGGCAAACGGUACGCCAAGGCGCUGGCUCGCUUUGUGGAUCAUCAACGCCAGCAGUGGGAGAACUACCAGCGUCAGAAGGACCUUCUCGCCCACUUCCCGCCUCGUCCUGGUGACAGCACACCCCCUAACCCAACCCACACCCCCCGCGAGGGUCCGCGCAACUUCUGCGUGUGGUCUUCGAUGAUGCAGCGCUCCGUUCAGACCGCCGAGUACUUUGACGAGGAUGAUUAUGAUGUCAAACAGAUGAGGAUGUUGGAUGAGAUCCACUCCGGCAAGAUGGAAGGAAUGACCUACAAAGAGAUCCAAGAGCGCUACCCCGACGAAUAUGCCCACCGCAAGAGGGACAAGCUCUUCUACCGCUAUCCCGGCCCUGGUGGAGAAAGCUACCUUGAUAUCAUCAACCGAUCGCGUGCCGUCAUCGUUGAGGUGGAGCGCACUACUGACCACGUGCUGUUGAUCGGUCACCGAUCUGUCGCCCGCGUCCUCCUGGCCUACUUCCGUGGUCUGAAACGUGACGAGGUUGCCGAUCUGGAUGUCCCCAUGGGUGUCUUGUACAUGCUCGAGCCCAAGCCUUACGGAGUCGACUUCAAGGCCUACCGAUACAAUACCGAGAGCGACUGGUUUGACUACUUGCCCGAUUACGAGCUGCACCAGGUCAAGUCUCUGACGACCCAUUAA